AUGGCUCGGCGACGCAGGUCACCAGGACUGCAGUCCUCUCUGGGCUGCCUCCUCUUGUUGGCCUCGACAGCAUCAGCGCUAUCGCUGUCUAACUUCCAGCUCAUUGCGUCCUCCUCGGUACCGCUUGGCUGUAUAUUGGCCUACAACCAACCCCUCGAGGAGUGCUCCGCGUCCGACUUUGCGGGUGGAAAUCAGUGCUCCAGGAGCUGCCAGAGGAGUAUCCUCAAGACUCAGCGCACAUUGCAGGGCGUCUGUGUCGAUGUCAGCGCCCCGACGAAUACGGUCUUGGGACAGGCGCUUAAGGGAAACCUGCUCAACGUACUCUGCGGUGGCAAUGGGGACGAGUCGAACCCCAAGCCAGGCCGCCCAUCGGCUACCUCUACAGUCGCUGCGCCCCCGUCUUCCACUGCAUCCAAUGGCGGAAGGACCAGGUCGACGUCGGCCUCUUCGAGCUCGCAAGCAGAUGCCAUCUCGUCCACAAUUGACAUAUCCUCUUCCACCACAACGCUAUCACAGCCCUCGCAGAGCAGUCCCGCACCAGCCCAGACGACUUCGCCAUCACCUCAACGGCCAACGGAUACUACCGGUGCGCAGCAGACCAGGAGACCGUCACCAUCACAACCCAGGCCGAACAGGGAAACGUCGGGAAGCAGCCCCUUUGAGGCGGCUGCCCAGACGGAUGCCGCGCCAGAACUCACAGUACAUUGGAGACAGGCAGUGUUCAUGGCUCUAUCAGUAGGAAUUCUACUGGCAAGGUAG